AUGUCGUACCCAAAAAGCGGACGCAAAGCUGGCCCCAGUUCUCCAACGCCAUCCCAGGCCGCCUCUGAGGGCGAGCGGAAGGUGUACGAAGACACGUACGAACACUCCACGGCUGCCGUACUAAAGGGAGGCCGCAGCGGAGUCACACCAGGAGUUACAGCGGCCGCCAUGCCCCACGCCGCCGGCACAUUUGACCGUCCGAUCCUGUGCGAGGACAACGACCAAGGCUCCGCCACCGCCGCCGCUGAUAAUACUGGCGGUGCCAGCACUUUGCACCGUGGACUGCUAUCUUUGCCAUCUCCUUCUGUCCGUGCGAGUGCGAAUGAGAAUGCCAGCCCUGGGGGUGGUGACGCUUCCAAGGUUGAAGCUUCCGAUCGGCGAACCAACACGAUCACUGACACUGUCGUCUUCCUGCUCAGCUUCUGCGGCUGGAAGAAUCCCCACACACCAGAAUCUUUCCGGAAGUUUUGGCUCAACGACCCAAGCACAAGGCCCGACGAGUGGACAAUGCAGAACUACUUCAACUACUGCUCGCAAGGCGCCGUGCAGCUAACAACUGACACCCUCCGGGUCUUCGUGGUUCCUUUGCCAUACUGCAUGGGGGAGUUCUUUGACAAAAGCACGGCCAGGACCAAGACGUACGACUUCAAUACUACUUGUGGCGUGGCGGAGGAGGAUGCGUGGCACUCGCUCUCCAUGCAGUACGUGACAGACGUUCUGGGCCAGAGAGUCUCAGGCGCCACGCACCAAAUCGCCGUUUUGCCGGCUGAAGGGCCAUGCGAGUAUGCAGGCAAGGCCACCGUGGGAUGUCGCGGAAGCAACUGCCGCAUCAACGUCAAUGGCAAGCACGCCAGCGAGCACUGGGUCUACAUGCACGAGAUGGGACACAACCUCAAGCUCGCCCACUCGGGCGCUGCUCGGCGGGGUGGCGGCACGGACGAGUACGCAGAUUACUCGUGCACGAUGGGAAGGACAACACCUACCCAUGCUAGCCUAUCAGCCUACUGUGAAAACUCUGAGAAUCCAAACCCACCUGCCCACCUGCCCACCCCCGUCGUUCCUCUCUGUGACCUGCUGCUGUUCGGUCAUGCACGUGUAAAACAAAAGUUCGAGGGCACCGCGACAGCGACACUUCAGCAAGCCGUCCUCGGCCCGAGUGGCGAGUACAGAGACGUGUUGCCCUUCGGCCUGGUGGUGCGGGUGGUCUCAAUCAACCGAACCAGCGCUGUCGUCACCGUGUGUCGAUCUGGAGGACUUCGUGAGGCCCAGGGCGGCGACUCGUGCACUGAUGGUAGCGACAACGACUGCGAUGGCCUAGUGGAUGAUGCCGAUCCGGACUGCAAGGAUGUGGUAACCUCGCCAUCGCCGCCACCGUCGACACUGCCAUUGAGACCGCCGUGGCCUAGAACCCCACCGUCCCCUCGGCCACCGUCGUUGCCGUCAAAACCAUCCCCACCGCCAAAACCAUCCCCACCGCCAAAACCAUCCCCACCGCCAAGGCCAUCCCGACCACCGCCAAAGCCUCCUUUAUCAUCGUGGAGGGGUCGUCCAUAA